AUGUUGGAAGCUCCAUUUCGACUCGUCGUAAAAACUGCAUUGAAGCUUCUUCUGGUCUUCAUUGAAUACAACGAUAACAACGCCUUACUCGUGUUGGCUGCAAUCUCAGCUGUCGAUCGAAACAAAGGGCAACAAGAUUGGAGUGGACUGAUGAAGGUGAUCUCUGAGAAGGAUUCACCUGAUCCAGAAACUCUUGUCUACGGAAUGACGGUGAUCAAUAAGACCCUGCGGGGUAUCCCGGACAGUGACACCUACUACGAUGCGGUGGAUACGUUGGAAAUGCUAGGAAUGGAAGAAGCCAUGAAGAGUAUGAUGAAGUUGUCGAACAACGAACUGCUCGAGCAGUGCAGGUUGUACGAACGUGAGCUGAGCAAGGAGGAUGAACGAGCUGAAAACAGUGACGAUGACGUCAAUGCACGCAUGAGAGGUGGUACUGUAAUGACGACAACGUCACGACGACGAUCCAGCACCUCAAAUGUCAGCCCUACCCAGAAGACGCACACCAACAAUCUGCCACGUCUCAAUGAAUCUUCUUCUCUUUCAAGCCCCCUUCAAUCCAAUCCGCCACCGUCUUUCCCUUCUCCAUCCAACUUCUCACCUCCUCCUGAAACUCAGCCCUAUCGCCCCACUAACGGCUGGUCCUACACUGCCAUCCCACCACGAACUCCCGCUACUAACGGAGUCCAUUUCGAGAACGAUGAGGUCAAAAGGACGAAUGGACUGCAAAAGGAACCGUCACGGGGGGUGGCUGAAAGGGAUACUGACCCAGCAAAACCUUCUCGAAUGCAGCCAGAUCCAGAAUCUGCGACGACAAUCAGCGCACCCAGCAUGGAAAGGUGUGUGCAUGGUGUUUCUAUUGAACUUGUAACUCAUUUUUGGUUUCUAAUAGCUCGUGUGAUGUAG